UCAUAAUUAAUGCAAACACAAUGCACCUCUAAUGUAAAUUAUUCCAAAGCAAUUGUAUUUCUUUAGAAUUUGUUGCUAAAUAAAAUAUCAUUAUUGCUAGUAAUUUUAACUGAAUUAAAAUGAAUUUCAUUUCAUUUAAAUCAGAUUUGCUACAGGCUGUGCAAGCGAAUAAUAAUUAUUUGGUUCUGAAACUCCUGUCUGAACAUUCGCAUUAUGCUGAUAAUUGGAAAGAUUUGAACACGAAGAACGGUGACACAGUUAUUCAUCUUGCUGCACAUUCUGGUUGUGUGUCCAUAAUAAAAUACUAUGCAGAAAAGGUUAACAGAGUGAUCUUGGAGCAUAAGAAUUUUGAUGGGAAAACACCAUUGCAUAUUGCUGCUCAUUCCGGACAGCUGGAAUGUGUGAAAUAUUUGCUAUCUCAAGGUGUUUCUGUUAAUGCUCUUAAAAGAUCUGAUUGGACUCCUUUAAUGUUGGCUUGUACAAAAUCUAAUUUAAACAUCAUAAAGGAACUCUUAGUGCCUGAUGCUGAUCUGAAUAUUGCAAACAAAGAUGGGUGGACAGCUUUUCACAUUGCUUCAAGGGAAGGAAAUGUGAAUAUAAUACAAUGUCUUUUAAAAUUCAACCCUAUGAUAUGGAAUACGAAAAGCAAAAAUGGAAGAACACCUCUGCAUACUGCUUCUCUUCAUGGACAUCUUGAACUUGUAAAGAUUUUCUUAGAAUGUACAAGUUAUGAUAUAAAUGUGAAAGAUUCAUGUGGAAUUACACCUUUAAUGGAUGCUGUAUCAGGAAAUCAUAAUCAAAUUGUAGAAUUUUUAGUUAAGAAAGGGGCUUCAGUUAUAGAACAAGAUAAACUUGGAAGAAAUGGAUUACAUCUUGCCGCUGAAGCUGGAAAUAUGGUUUGCGUUAGAUAUCUUGUCAAAUGUCACAAUAUAUCUGUUGAUUCAGAAACACCACAAGGUCUUAGGCCUUUGCAUUUUGCUUGCAGAGAAAAUGAAAUUGACACAUUUUGGUUAUUAUGGGAAUUAAGGGCUAACUGUUAUUUAAAAGACAACCAAGGAAGAACUGCGAUGGAUUAUCUGAGUGACGAUGAAGUCCAAACAUCUAUAUGGAAUAAACUGAAACAAUAAAGCUUCACUGAAAAACAAAAUCUGUCAACAUUCCUUAAAUUGAUUUGUAAGGUUGUUACACUGAAAGUCAAGCUUUCAUAUCUUCGAAGCGAAGGUACAUGCAGCAAGGAUAUUGAUCCUCUAGAACGUCGAAUCACUGA